AUGGACAACCUUUCUCAAAAGGCACAGGAGGGAGGCCUCGGUGGCUUCUCCCACGCUGCCAUGGCCAAGGAAGUCGAGGCGCUACGUUCGAGCACGUAUGGAGGAUACCUUGGUUCGCCUGGUGUGGAUGCGGGAGGGAUUCCCGGCUUGUUUUUGGUGCCGGGAGGGGCUUCGGCUGGGACGACGCCUACGGAAGAGGAGCCAGCUCAGAAGAAGUCCUUGAUUAGCGAGAUCACGCCGGAGGAGCGUGAGGCGUUGAAGGCGACACCUGUACCCGCUGCGCCUGUUGUUAAACAGGAAGAUGCAUUUGGCCUUACCGAGGUUCAGUCACGCAGUCUCAAGCGUGAUGCUGCGACUGCGUUCCCCGCUGUUGAGGUCAUCGACAACUCGACAUCCGCCCCUGCACCACAAGUUGUCGCACAAGAGCAACUAUCGACGCCGAAGAAGGACGGCGUCGACUUUGAUGUCCUCAAUCGACUCUUGGCAGAUCCUAGUGCGCCAGUGGAUCCGUAUGAUUCCGAAGAUCUGGCAUCCAGCUCUGAUGAUGAGGAGGUGAAGAAGGCUCCCGCGGUCGUCGCGGAUGAUCUGAAGGUUGUACAAGAGCAGGUAGCAGUAAAGGGAGAAGAGAAAGCGACUGAGCAAGCACAAACCAUCAAAGAGGAGCCAAAAGCCAACGCUGACGGCUCCGACUCUGACUCAGAAAGCGACAGCGACAGCGACAGUGAUUCAUCCUCCGACUCCUCCGACGAGUCCUCAUCCGACGAAGAAGAGGAGCUCACCAUCAAAGAACGCGAACGCCGACUCCUCCAAGCCGAUGCCGAAGGCUCCGACGACGAAGGUCGAGGCAAGAAGGGCACCUCUGGUCCUCUUCGCACAAAGAAUGAGCAGGAUGUUGAAGAGGCACCGGUUGCGAAGCCGGAGGUAGUCGUGACUCCUGAGAUGAAGGUGGAGUAUCUUGGUACGAUUCAGCAGGUCUUGGAUAAGGCUGUGAUCAUUCUCGCUUCCGUGUCUGGUGAUUACCAGGUUCUCGACGAAGGAGCACUGCUCUGCCUCGAGGACCGGACAAUCCUCGGCACCGUCUUCGAGACGUUCGGACCUGUCGCACACCCUCUAUAUUCCACUCGCUUUGCUACACAUGAAGAGCUCGUUGCUACUGGCGCCAAGGUCGGCAUGAAGAUCUACCACGUCCCAGAACACUCAAAAUACGUUUUCACCCAGCCAUUGAAGGCGCUGAAGGGUACAGACGCAAGUAACGUCCACGACGAAGAAGUAGGCGACGAGGAACAGGAAUUCUCAGACGAUGAAGCCGAGGCGGAGCACAAGAGGAGAGUGAAGAAAGAGAGGGAAGCAAGGAAACAAACGAGACAAGCUACGGCUAUUGCAGCAUCAGCUCCGGACCUUUCACUCGCUGCUGAGGCAGCUGGUAUCGCACUUCCCGCUCAACCAUCAGCACGUUCGGCAGCAGACAUGGACGAACCGUACAAGCCCCUCGCUCGUCCUACGAACUUGCACGAACUCCAGAAUGCACCACCACCCACACCACCAGCCGCUGCUCGCGGCGGCCGCGGCGGAAAGGGUGGGAACAAACAGCAAAACGGCGGACGCGGAGACCGUGACCGUGGGGGUAGAGGAGGCCGCGGUGGCCGUGGUGGAGCUCGCUCGCCUCAGCAAGGUCGUGCGGAUAUGCACCACCCCCACUCCCACACCCAAUCACCAUCCCAGGUCUACUCCCAGCCAUACCAGCAACAAUACGCCCCCCAGCAGUACCCCCAGCACCAGCAACAAGAACAGCCAGCGCCAGACAUGAACAUGAUGGGUGUGUUCAACCCAUACAUGGCUCCACCACCCUUCCCACCUCAGUUGCCACCUGGAGCACACGUCAACCCUGCGUUCUUUGCGCAGAUGAUGCAGCAACAGCAACAGCAGUGGGCACAAGCACAGCAGCAACAGUGGUCGCAACCUCAACCUCAACAGGUGUAUCAGCAGGCAGCUGCUCCUGCUCCACCACCGGCGCCGGUGGCACAGGCUGCACCAGGACCGACUGAUCCUGCUUCUAUUCAGGCGCAAAUUGAAGCUUUGCAGGCAUUGCAGAGGCAGAUGCAGCAGAAUGGAAAGCAAUAGUUGUACACACAAUCUAGCAUAGCAGUCUAUCAUUUACAAAUUGACAAUAAGAGGAAGAACAAAUUGUAGAG